AUGUCGGACGACAUCUUUGACCGCUACGAGUCUGAUGCAAGCGACCUAGCUAGGGUUCUUGGACGCCUCGAUGUCGGAAAGGACAUGGAGUGCUCCGAUUGCGAUGCCGACGACACAAUGGUGGAGGCGAGUCUCAGGAAUGUCCCUGACACUCCUGCAGAUAAAUCUCCACCAUUCGAUGAAGAUCACACAGAGGUGAGCCUCGAAGGCCUGGACAGCUCACUGAGGAUGUGCGCCACAUAUAUGGGUCACGACCAACCUGACCCCCCUCCACACGCACCCCUAAGGGUUCUUAUCGCAGACUGCGAGGCCAAGGACAUCGGGCUAAUUGUGGGAUGCGACGCCAACGCACUCCACAGUCAGUGGGGAAGCACCGACACCAAUGAACGGGGUGAGUCCCUUUUCAGCUAUAUACUGACCACUCAGAUGGUCAUAUUAAACCAGGGCAACGAUCCCACCUUUAUUAUUACAAAUCGCGAGGAGGUCCUGGACCUCACACUUGCCUCUCACACGAUACAGAAAAACAUAGUAUUCUGGAGGGUCCUGGAAGAACACUCCUUCUCGGACCAGAGGUACGUGGAAACUGUUUUCUCAUUCGCCAUACCGAGCCCAGUGCAAUUCCGGAACCUCAAGCGGACAAACUGGAUUAGUUACUCAGACCACCUUGGCCGUAUUUUCGCUGAGUUCCCACCCGGGGAAGACAUCUCACGGGAGACCAUGACCGAUCUGGUGAAAACAUUUACCGACGCCUGCAAUGCGGCGCUCGACAAACCUUGUCCCCCUAGUAAAACUAGGGGUCGGGAGAAACCUUAA